AUGAAAUUCACAACAAAAAAUACUUAUUUGCUCUCGAUAUACUUUUUAAUCCUAUUUAUAUUUACAACAUCAGCACAAAAUGCAACUUCUGAAUCUUCACCAGAAGAUCCAAAUAAUCAGAUGAAGACACCCACUACUCCGGUAGAGGUACCUGAAAAUCUGAUGCCCACACCUCCUAAGGACGAACCAACAUCUACAAUGAUAUCUCCCAAGGCUCCCGAAGAAGAUCCGGUAAAAGCUCCUGUGGAUGCUCCCGAUGAGGAUACUCCUGAGAAUACUUCUGAGGAAGAACCAAAAUCUCCUGUGGAAUCUCCCGAACCUUCGGUUGAAACACCCAUAAAUAAAUCACCUGAGGAAAAUCCAAAAUCACCCGUAGAAGAAACCAAUUCGCCGGUAAAAACUCCUGUGGAAACACCCAAUUUUCCUGAAGAAACACCCAAAGCUCCUGUAGAAACACCCAAAGUUCCUGAAGAAACACCCAAAGCUCCUGAAGAUACACCCAAAGUACCUGAAGAAACACCCAAAACUCCUGUAGAAACACCCAAAGUACCUGAAGAAACACCCAAAACUCCUGUAGAAACACCCAAAGAUCCUGAAGUACCACCCAAAGCUCCCGAAGAAUCACCCAAACCAUCCGAGAAUGAAGAUAUUCCAAAAGUACCCAACAAUGAACCUGAUGCGACAAUUACGAAGAGUCCUACUACAUCCACACCAAUCAAUCCUGUAGAGGAACCAGUUAAUCAUGGAAAAGAAGUUCCAACUAAAACCUUUGAGAGACCUGAAGAAACUGAAGUAUCUAACGAAGAUCGAGAGAGUCCCAUACCUAAAUCCAAAAUUACUCAAGGAUACGCGAAAUCUUCAACUCCAACUUCCAGUAUGCGGCCUACCUAUAAAUUAGAUCUAAAGGUUUUUGAAACUAUUGCUAAAAUUGAGCGAAUAAGUUAUGUGACAACUUGCAAUUACACUCCAUUCGAUGAUAUUAUAUUAGUCAAAUUAAUGGAUAUACAGUACAUAACUAUAUAUGAAAAAGAAACUCCCAAACGCGUUUCUAUUUCGGAUUCUACAACUUAUGAAAUAAUAAAAUAA